GGCACAUCAAUUAUAACAUCGGCCUUAUUUUUGCUACCUAAUUGCUGGAUCACUCGUGUGCAUCUUCAUUCUCUCCUCCCCGGAAGAGGAACCCAAACAAAGCCCAGAGCAGAGCAGAGCAGCGGAAGGCUACCCGAGCCCAACCGAAGCAAGAUGCUGUCGUCUUCCACCUCCACCCUCCGCCUCCACCAACCAACCCGUCCCCAUCGCCGCCACUCGCCGGCUCCGGCGAGCCCCCGGCUCCCCUCCCCUGUCGCCUCCCCGCGCCGGUGGGCGGCGCCCCUCCGCGCGCGGUCCCACCGCAUCCGCGCCCUGGACGCCGCCCAGCCGUUCGACUACGAGUCCCGCGUGGCUGGGAUCCUGGAGGAGCGGCAGCGCCUCAAGAUCGCCAUCGUCGGGUUCGGCAACUUCGGUCAGUUCCUGGCGCGCACCUUCGCGCGGCAGGGCCACACGCUCCUGGCCCACUCCCGCACCGACCACUCCGCGCUCGCCGCGACCCUCGGCGCCUCCUUCUUCUCUGACCCGCACGACCUCUGCGAGUGCCACCCGGACGUGGUGCUCCUCGCCACCUCCAUCCUCUCCGCCGAGGCCGUCCUCCGCUCUCUCCCCGUGCACCGCCUCCGACGCAAUACCCUCUUCGUCGACGUCCUGUCCGUCAAGGAGUUCCCCAAGAACCUCCUCCUCAGCUCCCUCCCCGCCGACUUCGACGUCAUCUGCACUCACCCCAUGUUCGGCCCGGAGUCCGCGCGCGACGGCUGGGACGGCCUCCCUUUCGUCUUCGACAAGGUGCGCGUCGGCGACUGCCCAGCGCGCCGCGCCCGCGCCGAGGCCUUUCUCAACAUCUUCGAGAGGGAGGGCUGCCGCAUGGUAGAGAUGUGCUGCGCCGAGCACGACGCGCACGCCGCGGAGACGCAGUUCCUCACCCACUCCGUGGGGCGGAUGCUCGCCAUGCUCGAGCUCCGGUCCACGCCCAUCAACACCAAGGGGUACGAGACGCUGCUCCGCCUGGUCGACAACACCUGCAGCGACAGCUUCGACCUCUACAACGGCCUCUUCAUGUACAACAAGAACUCCACCGAGCUGCUCAACCGCCUCGAAUGGGCCAUGGACUCCGUCAAGAAGAGGCUCUUCGACGGCCUCCACGACGUGCUCCGGAAGCAGCUCUUUGAGGGCUCCCCUCAUGCCCCCAACACCUCCAACGUCCGCAAGUAACCACGACGAAUUCUUAUCACUUCAUUCGGUUGCUGCUGCUCAGGGUCCUCCUGCUAUGCAUUGCAUUGUAUCAAUCUAUACAUCAUCUGUGUUCUCUCAAUUGAGAGGGGUUAUUUCCUUCUCUUGGAAAGAAGAACAACCCCUCUUUUGGGGAGAGAAAAAAAAAAUCUAAUCUUGGAACUGUGGUGACUUGAACAUUGUGAAUUUGUGAUAUGAUGAUGAAUAAGGGAAAU